AUGAUUCGCUCAAGUUCUAUAUUAAUGUUGUUGACCUGCGUCGUUUGUUCGUUCUGUGAGAAAGAUUUCGUUUCACUCGGUCGACAUUCAUGGCGAUGUAAACAGCGAGUUAAUUACGCAGAACAAGAUCACUCUGCCGAAAAUACGGCAAGGCAAACGCCCGUCAUGAAUUCUCCUAAUGUCGUCGUGUCAAGUCGAACCGUAAUCAAGUGUUGCUGUGGUAAAGUAUGUAAAGGAGCGCGAGGAUUAAAGAUGCAUCAACGCAGUUGUAGAGUUAUUCAAGGUCUAGACAGUGAAUUCCGUACAGACCUAGAGGAACAAAACAAUUCUGACACGGAAAAUAUUCCUGAAAUGGACCAAUCGACAAUCAACGAAACUCCUACGGUUGAAAAGGAAGAUAUUGCGAAUUUAAGAAAAGGUAUUAAACUCCCUAAAAGCAAUUCCGAAUGGUCAACGGCCAACGAACAUUUCAAAUUCGCUCUUCAGUCCAAUGAUCCAAUCACAUCACAAGAUUUAAAUUCCAACAUAAAACUAUUAAAUAACAUCAUAUACGAUUACUUCGCCCAAAACUUUGGUUAUAGCGAAUCAGUGCCUGACAAUUCGCUACUAAAUAAAUAUAAGGACUAUGAAAUCAAGGAUUUGAAAAAAGCUCUGAAAACCCUUAAAUCAACGAAUGGUGAACUAGACGAAAUUAAAUAUGUGUCGCAUAUAUUGCGUGAUAAGCUUCGCUCAAACAAUAACAAUGAGUCAAGUCUAGACAGCAGCCAGUCACUUAACCAUGACAAAUAUAUCGGGAAAAAUUUCUGGGGUUAUGUCAAGAAUAUUCUAAGGAAGAAAGACACUAUAUUACCAUCUUUCAACAUGACGCAAUGCCUAUCCCACUUCACUAAGACCCUUGCUGCAAUUCAUCCAAACAAAUUGUUCAAUAUUCCUAGCUGGAUUCCUGCGUUGUCUGACCCCGAAGUUCAAUUUGACCUUGACCCCCCAUCGUAUCAACAAGUCACGAAUAUAAUACGCAGAACGAAGGCAUCUGGCUCUCCAUGUCCCCUUGAUCAGCUAUCUAUUAUAUGUUUUAAACGCUGUCCUUUCCUAAGAACAUAUUUAACUGACCUUAUUCGUGCCGUGUGGCUAUCUGGAACCAUCCCUUCCGAAUGGAAGAAAGCUUGCACAAUACUAAUCCAUAAAAAAGGCGAUACUAAUACCCCGUCCAAUUUCCGACCCAUCACACUGGAGACCAUACCAUUAAAAGUAUUCACUUCCUGCCUACGUAACGCUAUGUAUUCAUUCCUAACCGUUAAUAACUUUAUUGAACAUAAUAUUCAAAAAGGAUUCACACCUAACAUGUCUGGCACCUUAGAACAUACUGCACAAAUGGCCAAUAUAAUCAAUAAAGCCCGAAUCAAACAACGCUCACUAGUCAUCACCCUACUUGACCUCAAGAAUGCUUUUGGUGAAGUUCAUCAUAAUCUGAUCACAUCCGUACUUGAUUACCACCAUAUCCCUGAACAUGUUAAAUUGAUAAUUAAAAGUCUAUAUACCGAUUUUAAAACUUCAAUAAUUACAUCUGAAUUCCGUACCCCCUUCAUACCAGUUCGCCGUGGAGUAUUGCAAGGUGAUUGCCUGAGUCCUCUUCUCUUCAACAUGUGUUUCAACACCUUUAUACAACACAUAAAAACAGAUAAAUAUCGUCAAUUCGGCUUCUCCUUACAGUUUAUAAAUCCCAUCCACUGGUUUCAGUUUGCUGAUGAUGCCGCCGUCAUAAGUAGUCAAGAAUCCGAAAAUCAACAUCUUCUAAACCGGUUCUCCAUUUGGUGCCAAUGGUCCAACAUGAUUAUUCGGGUUGAUAAAUGUAGUACCUUUGGCAUCAAAAAAGCUCUAACAAAAUCAAUCCAAUACUUGCCUAAACUACUUAUUAACAAGCAACUAAUUCCAAAGAUCAAUAUCGGUGAGGCUUUUCAAUACUUAGGAAGAUACUUUAGUUUUAAUAUGUCAGACGAACACCACAAGUCUGAACUAAUCUCACUCGUUGAAGAACUAAUGGCAGAUAUUGAUUCCAAACCAUUACAUCCAAAAAAUAAAAUCCUCCUCUACAGUCGAUAUCUUCUGUCAAAAUUAUCCUGGCAUUUUACAGUUUCUAGCGUAUCGAAAACGUGGGUCACCGAAAACAUUGAUUCCAAAGUCAACAGUUAUAUCCGUAAAUGGCUUGAUAUACCUAUAUCUGGAACGCUAAGCACUGUUUUCCUAACCCGCAACAAGUUUGGCCUCAGUAUUUGUCCCCCAUCUGUCAAAUUUAUUCAAUGUCAAACUGUUCUCCGUAAAGCCCUAAAAACAUCCCCAAACGAAGCAAUUAACGAUCUUUGGAAAGCAACUAGCAACAGCAAAAAUAUUCAGUGUGACGUUUAUAACUCCACUAAGCAAGUUCUUAAGGACUUUCGCUCUGGACAAGAGGAUAAACUGCAUACUCAAUUAACCUGUCAAGGCUCUUUCUUCACUAAUAUAACAAAGUUCUCACUGUCCCAACUCACUAAAAUUUGGUCUGCGUGCCAAUCGAACCUUCCGAAAAAUAUAUUCAACUUUACAGUUCGAUACAUCAAUAACUCCCUUCCAACGCGCCAAAACCUUGCAAGAUGGGGUUUAUCACCGACUUCAGACUGUUCGCGAUGUCUAGCUCCUGAGACACUUCUGCACGUAGUAGCUGGUUGCCAAUCGUAUCUAGAACGAUUCACGUGGAGACAUGACUCCGUUCUAAACAUACUCGCAACAAGCCUGCAGACCGUAAGCGGCUCACAUCUUUACGUGGAUCUCCCAGGGUACAAAAGUCCAUCAAACAUCACUGGUGACACCUACCGUCCAGAUUUGCUUCUUUCAACCUCAACCAAAACACUCUAUAUUGUUGAACUUACAGUUGGUUUCGAAUCAAAUCUUCAAAAAAACGGUGAGCGUAAAAAAUCAAAAUAUAAAGAAUUAAUUAGGGAACAAAAUGAACAUUUCAACUCAGUAAAAUUUGUAAAUCUUUCGAUUAGUUCUCUUGGUGUUUUCAGUAGAGAAUGUUCUACUUUCAUAGAAAUGCUUAAUGAUUUUGGUUUUCAAAAGCAACAUCAGAAUUACUGUAUUAGAAGAAUGACGACGAUUGCAAUCAGAACAACGUAUUAUAUAUUUUGUUGUCGAAACAAGGAAUGGAUGAAUCCGGAACUGUUAAGUGUUUAA